AUGCCCAAAAUCAAGUCCUACUCUGCACCGUGGCUGUCUGACAGCAGCGCCCCUGGGCGUCGACUUUUCGAGCCCGCAGCCGAUGCCAUCAACUCUCGAGCUCUAGCGCCGGUAUCCAGAUUUCACUCGGCACCCGGGCCGCGGAGAACUGUUGCACGACGCGGAACAGAAGUUUUCGUUGCCGUGGGCAAGGAGAUUCGGUGGGCCGACUUGGCAUACCUGAAGGAUGCGUGGUCAACGAGGCAUUCGAAGCCGAGGACGGGCUCUGCUGGAGUCCGCAUCAAAAGAGAGGAAUCGCUUCAGCCCCUGGAAACCGAGGGAGACGUUGCGGAAGCAGUCGGAAUUAGAAUAAUCAAAACCCCUGUAGCGGAUGACAUCCGACAGCUCGUCAUUUCACCAAGCGCCAACUACCUCGCCAUUCUCACGACGCAUACUGUGCACAUCUGCGCCCUCCCAGACUCGUCGCACUUGACGAGCCAUGACACGUCCCCCUUGCGGCCCAGAAUCUUCACACUGGGACCGACCACCCAUGUGACGUCUCGAUCGCCCGUCAUGUCGGCUCUAUGGCAUCCACUGGGCGUCAAUGGCUCCUGCCUGGUGACGGUCACGGCCGACGCAACCGUUCGACUGUGGGAGCUUUCAGCCCAGGACCGCUGGUCUUUUGAUUCUCCGACCACUUCUGUCGACCUCAAGAAGCUCGCCGACGGGACCACUGUCGACCAGGACUUUUCUGCCUCAGCGUCGGCAACCAACAAGACCUUCUCGCCAGAUUGCUUUGAAAUGGAGGUUGCCGGAGCCAGCUUCGCGACCAGUGGCUCGGGAGGCUGGGAUCCCAUGACUUUGUGGAUUGCCAUGCGCGAGGGCGACCUUUAUGCCCUCUGCCCGCUGCUCCCACAGCGUUGGGCGGCCCCUCCAAUCCUGAUCCCAUCUCUGUCGGUAUCCCUUGUCGCCACCGUCGCGCGCAUCAAGGACGACCCGGACGUUGACCAAGAGGAAAAGCUGCUGGUCAAGCAGCAGCUGCAGUGGAUGGGUGAGCUGGAUGCGCAGGAGCCUCAGGUCCUGGAGAGCUUGCCGGGAGAGCCCAUAUUUCACGUCUUCUCAAGACCGUCGCGGCCGGGAAUCGUGCCCAAACUGCAAGGACCGUUCUACCUCGAGUUUGACGCCGAAACGGGAGACGAUCUCGACACGACGAUAACCGACAUCCUUGUGAUUGGCAAAAAGACGGAAACCGACGAGCUCAUGAUGGGGGAAGACGACGAGCUGGAUCUGGAUGACGGUGACCGGGAGGGACUGUCCCUCCCCGUCAUCUGCCUGCUAUCCGCGAGUGGCCAGGUCAGGGUCUACCUCGACCUCGAGGGUGUGCAGGCACAGUGGCUGCCGCCAAAGAACAACAAGCCAAGGCCAGGCUGCCCUCGCCCAGCCUCGGCUUCGACCAGCACGCCUUCGCUUCUCGCCUUUCAAGCCAUCGACACCAUGAGCCCGGUGGAGGUCAACGACGACAGCUGGCCGGCGUUCAGCACCGAUGUCACGUCAAGAUACAGCUUUUUUGUCACGCACCACGCGGCCAUCACCUUUAUUUCCCUGGCAUCUUGGAUUUUCAGACUGGAGAGCGAGCUCGUCGGCGGCCACGAAGCCGGCACCGACUUCAGAAUCGGGCUCUUGGUCAACUCGCAAUCCUCUAGGGACAGGAUCUAUGCGCAGCCGGGCGCCGACGUAGCCGUGCCGCUUGCAGCAUGCGUCACGAUUAGAGAUCCCGACCUGGGCCAUUUCCUCCUCUCGUCCACGCCGUACGAGCCCGUUUCCCUGACCUUUGAAACCCCAGAGCUUGACCUCGACCCGAUCAAGCAAGACAGCGUCGUCACCCGGGAACCACGAGUGGCCAGCAUGGCGCCACUGGAUUUCUACGAGCCCCGGCCCGUCUAUCAGCCACCGCACGUGUUUGACCAAGGCUCGGCCCUGCCCACUUUGCUGGAGCGGCUCCGAACCUCGCGCCACAAGACGCUGGCGAAUCAGGAAGUUCGGCUGAGCCCUCUGACGCUGCAGAUCUUCACGGACGCGCACAAGGUGCUGAGCGACGAGACGUACAGGCUGGGCGUGGCUGCCGCCGAGCUGUUUAGGCGAUGCGAGAUGCUUCAGGCAGAACUGCGCCAGCAAGUCAUCAAGGCCAACGAAGUCAAGGGCAAGAUUGACGCCAUUAGCGGGGCGGACGGCGGCGGCGACGACGACGACGACGACGACGAAGAGGCCGAGGCCGAGGCCGAGAACGCAAUGUACAACCGUCGCAUUGCCGAGGCCAGACUUCGGCAGGGGCGCCUCAGCAAGCGGGUCGACGACCUGCGCAAGAUGGUGGGCAAGGCCACGACGAGAGGUCUCAGCAUCAAAGAGCGAGCCUUUGCGGACGAGGUCCGCGCGUUGGAGUCUAGCGUGCUCGGGCCGUCGUCCCCGACGGAGGCGGGUGGAGAGGAGGAGGACGGGGCCAGCACCGCCGCCGCCGAGCGUCAGCCCAAGCAGCUGUGGAGACGGUUGGAAGAGGUCAAGGAGCUGCAGAAGGAGCUGCUGGCCGACGCGCAAGGCUUGGACAACAGGUCGGAAGCCGUCGAGGCGCCAUCUCCAGCGGAGAUGAGGGUCCCUCAGGAUAUCCGGCGGUUAAAGCUGCAACAGGUCCAGGGUUUGCUCGCCAGGGAGAGCGCGCUGGUGGAAGCGGUGAGUUCGAGACUCGAGGCGCUGCAGCAAACGGUGUGA